CUCCCUCCCCCACGCAGACAGAAGCUAGUCGCUCCCGAUCUCUGAUGAGUGGAUCUGUCGAUGAGAUUAUACCACAGGGAUUUUUCCAUGAUGACUCGGAGGAUCAGCGGAAGCUGUGCGCCAGGUACUCGCUUCAAUGAAACGAGUACUGAGCAAUUUGGCGUACUUGUCGUUUCGCAGGUCGGUGAUUGGGCUGCCUCCCCCUCAGCCGCUCACACCAGUGCCAUUGGUGCGGCUUUUGUGGGUCAGCCCGGUAUCAGCGUCGGUGUUCCAGUCGCCGAGUCGUUGGAUGACUGCACCAAUGGCGAGCAUCCAGAACAGGUGCACAUGAUCGGACGAGGUGCACUCGUUCCUGUCUGGUAUCAUGUGGGUGGCCGCCUGUGUGUGCGUUCAGUAUCCUUACCCCUGCAAUGGCUUGCCGCCCUUCCCCCUGCCCUUCUCCCAUAUGGAGCCGGCCGAAUCGUCACGGCAUCGUGCGGAGUCCCUCCCGCCAUCCAAUCGUGAAGCAAGAGCAAGGACCUCACAGUCCUCUCAGGUGAAACACUCUUACGAAUACAGAUGUUCUGUGAGCAUGUGCUGACGCUCUGCAUGUUUGCGUUCAGGUGUCCAAGAGGGCAGGGGAGGUCACAAUUGGCGAGCGGCUGCAACUCGUGAAUGAAUUCGAGAGGCGGAAGAAGGACGGCGACACUAUCAGCAUGCCGCAGUUUGAGAAGGAAAAGGGAAUCACUCACGGGAGGUUCAAGCAGUGGUACGCUGCUGUCAAAAGGCAGAAGGAGGCCGGCACCCAGGUGAUCGACCCGACCAAGAAACGCAGCAGGGAACCGAAGUACCUGCCGAUUGAGGACGAGAUGCGCGAAUGGAUGGCCGGCCAUGAUGACCACGCCAAUGUCCCCCCCAAGGCCAUCAGGACCAAGGCCAUGGAGGUCGCCGCUCGGCUGGGAAUCGGUGACUUCUCGGCCAGCGACUCCUGGAUCAAGAGGUUCAAGAUACGAUACCAACAGGUAAGAGCGUACCACCAUUUAACGGAAUUGCGAUGGGAGAAUGAGGCCUCUCUGUGAUGCGCUGCAGGGUCAGGCGCUUGACGAGUCAGCUACGGCGGAUGGAUUCAUCGGGCAAGUCGGCCUCAGCCGACGGGUGAACGCACUCAAUAACCCGAGAAGAUUGCCACUGAGCAGUUUCUUUGCUACCUGGUUGGCUGCAGACCACCAGCUCUGCAGCAGACGAAGACGCGGUGGACCAGCAGUCUGGGCACUCGCGCGUCAACACCGUGAGCGUAAGCCAGGCUACGCUAGCGAGCUCAUCUUGUUGGCUAGCAUCUUAUUUCGCGAUCUCGCCACAUUUGUCUUCAGAUGGUGCCGUCCACGAGCAGAUUGACAAACGAGAGGUCGCCCGCAAAGAUCCAGAGGAGCGACGAACGCAGCCAUAGAGAGGGUCCGCCGUCUCUGGUCAGUUGAAGAUAGGAUGGACAAAUAGAAAGAUAUCGCUCUCUGCAACGGUUCUUCAGGCGGCGUCAUCGGAGCACACUCAUCUUGACCUCGCUGACUCGGUUGUCAGCUCCGUGAAACGAAGGGGCGCUUCUGAAGAGGACGAUGCUGACCAGAAUGGUGGCCCUGCUGCCGCGUUAUCGACUGUCGACUCGCUUGGCCUGGAACUGCCGAAGACGCGCGUCCAUCGUCGUGACGACAGCGCAAGCAGCUCGGCAGCCCGUGCGACAACGAAGAUGGUGUGUCGUCGCGUCCGAGUCAGCCACAGAGAGGUGAUGAGUUUGUUGUUUGCAGGAGAAGCUGAUGUCCGUCGAGACGGUGACCAAGGAACGAAACCGAAAUGAUGCUGCCGAACGAAUGAAGGUCAGGACACACCAAAGCAAUGAGUCACCACGUCGACUUCAUUCGUACUCCUUUGUGUGGACCGACUAUCCGUUUGUUUCAUUCAGCGUGUCGUGGCGGAGGUCGUGGACAAGUCGACUUCGGUGGAUCUAGUGACCAUGAUGGACUGCACGGGGUCAAUGAGCGGCUGGAUCUCUCAGGCCCAACUCACACUCAACUCCAUCAUCACCGACCUGCAGGUGCGCUUCUCGCUACCCGACACCUCACCUGUGCGUCCCCAAGCACCUCUCUGUGUUUGUCCUCAGUUGUCCUAUCCCCAUAUGCGCUUCCGUGUGGGUUUCGUCGGCUAUCGCGACUUCUGCGACGGGGCUGGCCGGCUGGCCAUCGCGCCGCUGACCGAGGAUGUCCUCGCCGUCAAGAACAUGAUCUGCCGCCAGAGUGCCACGGGCGGCGGCGGUGAACCCGAGGAUGUGGCGGGCGCUCUCAAGGCUGUGGGUGAUAUGGCGUGGGAGGCCAUGACGCGAGUCGUCAUCCACGUUGGCGACGCCCCGCCGCACGGGUUGAAAUACCAUUAUGGUCUCAACGACAGGUGAGCAGGCUACACAACGAUGCAUACACGUCCUUCUGGUCCUCUUAUGUCUGUCUGCAUUAGUCACCCUGGUGGCGAUCCAUACGGCCUUCGCAUCGAGCAUCUGAUGCGUGGUUUCCGCAUGAUGGGUCUCGACUACUGCUUCAUCAAGAUCAACAGAUCCACCGAUAGAAUGAUCGAUAUCAUGCGCGCUGCCUACGACGACCCGGCCACGUUGCACCAGGUCCGCGUCGAGAACCUCGGCGGAGACACCAGCGGCUUCAAGAGCUUCAUCGUGCGAUCGGUGAGUGCAUCAGGGGCUGAACAGACUGAAUGUCUCCGACUUUCCAUCUGACCCUUCAGGUGUCUGAGAGCGUUUCUUCGUCUGUCAAGCGCAUGUCGAUGGCCACAAGAACUCGCCGCAAUCACAGCUCCAUGUUCAUGGGCCCAACCAGCGGUAAGUGCGAUCGAGAAGGACGGAGAGGGAGGGGACAUCCUCUCCCUGUGGCUGGUAGGCUGGUUGGCUUCCAUUGCCGAGGAUACGCCUUUAAUCACGCGGACCUUGUCGCUUGACACCAGUGCUCCGGCGUGGGACUCAUUUACGUCCAAGGUGAUGACAGAGAGAAAAUCCGACACGGCUAUGUGUGUGUAUUUGUGUGUGAGCAGGAAGAGGCUCAUCGCUAUACUUACCACCUGGUGCUCGAGCGCACGAAGAACUGGAACCUCCCUGAGAUGAUCGUCACAAAGCAGCAGUCGUAUUUGCACAUCGAGGAGAGGCCGUUUGCGAAGGGAGAGAUGCGGUACGCCUUUUACAUGAAGGAGCGCAUGCUGGACCUCAAGAGGGUGGGCAGGGAGAGAGAGGGGAUGGAUGGGGAAAACGGACGCCGCAUUUGUAAUGUGUCUCUUUCUAAGGUGGCCAAGUUGCCGAUAGAGUCCUGCCGUGGUGGCGAGGAGCUGCGCAAGGACGUGUUGGCCGACAUAGAGACGCAGGCCAUCAGCAAGGCACUGGCGAAGGUGUUCAACGAGGCGCUCCUCAAGAAGGGCGUCAAACGCAUGAUCGACUUCAUCGACGUCUGUAAGUCAAUCACCAACACACACGGCACACAUGACUGACACGUCUUUCAUGUGGUAUGUGUCAGCUGUGUAUGAGUUGCCGUCUCGCGGCGAGAGCGAGCGUUGGGUGACCGUCGAGCCCUUCAUGGAGGGGCGCUACCAGAAGUACAAUAACAAUGACGGGUGGGUCAGCUUGUCCGAGCUGACUCAGGGACAGCUGGCGCAGAGCCAGCUGGCGCAGGCCUUCUCCCACUGGACCUGGCACUUUACGGGGGGCGAGCUAAUGGUGAGCAUCAAGGGCAAAACGGAGGGAGGGAGGGAGGGAGGCCUGAAUGUGUCCCGAAUUUUCCUGUGACGUUUAGGUGGUGGACAUUCAGGGCGUCAACAACAUCUACAUCGACCCACAGAUCCAUUCAAAGGUCAGGCCAGAGAGCUGGACGCCUCAAUGGCACACCUGUCGCUGUGUGGUGUCUUCAGGACAUGAAUUGUUAUGGCCUCGGCAACCUGGGCGAGGAGGGCAUGGGCAAGUUCUUCGCAUCCCACACGUGCAACGAGGUCUGUGUGCGCCUCGGGCUGGACCACCCCAACCCCACGGCGGUUGAGCAGUUUUUGCGCACAUUCAAGACUUUUCUUCGUGCCUCUACCGAAGGACCUCAGCCUCGAGGGGAGCGCCAAGCAGGUCGAGCUGCAGAUCUCGUGUGAGCUGUGCGGGUCGAUAUUCGACGUGAGCAUGGCAAAUGAGGGAGAGGGGAGGCGAGUGCGAUGCACUCACUGGUCAUCCGUGUGUCGGUCUCUGUGUGUGUCGCAGGUCAACGGAUCGCGUUACCUGUCGUUCCGAGAGAAGGGCCGUGACGUCUACUGCCCCAGGUGCGAGGACCGGCUACGCCAGGAGGUACCCAAGAAGGUCAAGUGCGACCGCUGCCACAAGCCCUUCACGUACCCGGCCUCGUGGUACCUCUACAAAGGCAUGAAGGAGCCAACCACAUGCAGCAGGUGCACCUGCAAGAGGACAGAAGGCCCGGAGAUAGGUUGUGGGUAUGCCUGUCUGUGCGAAUGUGCGUGUCCGUCUGCAGGGGGUCUGAGCAGAGUGUCGGCGUGUAUUUUGGCGAGCAGACCUUCAGGCAGAGGGCUGCAAAUUUCAUCAGAGCAUACUUCAAUCUACUUCCACGUGAGUGAGUGUCGUGUUUCCCGUGGACGUCUUGUGUUGCUGGGCGGAGGGAGCAGUGAGUGACAUUGUGUAUCUGCCUACGGUGAUGCUGUGUUUGGGGGCAGUAGGCACUUUUUGACCAACUGCCAAGAACUCUCUCUGUGGCCGUCUGAUCAUGCGACAUAGGCAUGACGCACAUUUGACACGGUAGUUCCUGUGCAUGCAGACUGUAUGGCUUUACUUCUCACAUCAGAGAGAGAUGAAGGAAG